AUGGACUACUUGCAGGAGCGCGACAACAUGUCAGUCCCAAACACAGGAGAUACAGAUCCCACUAUGCGGUCUUCAAGCAGUGCACCUGUCCCACAAGAAGUGAUCGACCUCACCCAAGACGAUGACUCGAGCGCUGCUGGUUCCUCCGACGCCAUCAACUCCUGUAGUCGGUGCCAGAUCAAGAAGCGCAAGUGCGAUGGUCAGCGACCAUGCAAUCUCUGUCAACUUCUCGGGACCAAAGCUGCAGCGCGCUGCACUGACUAUGUCGGCAUUUCCUCCAAAUUCAAAGGCGUGCAAAGCGCAGCAGAGGAGCAAGCCCGCCACCCGUCUGGUGAUGGGAAGCAGCUGCCGCACAAGCGAGCUGCCUCAUCCGACCACCUGCCUGAGUCAUCGCGUUUGCCGAAGGCCCCAAAAACUUCAUCGCUCCGGCCAUCGCAUCCGCCACCGAGCAAUGCUACCCCAACAUCGAGCAGCACGGCAGCUAUGACUCAAGCUGUGACCUAUGCCGGCGCCCCUCCCCACCACCGCAUGCCCGACACCCCUUCAGAUAAGACCGCUAGAGUCCCAGCUGCACAGAUCCCAAUCUCUACUUCCUUGGAAGCAUUUGAUCAGGAUGUUGUACGCGCGGGCGAAAAUCAUCAACACCAUGAUCUCGGCGCCCCGGUCCUUGCAUCAUCUUCCUACAGGCCUGAUAUUGCUGCUACGAAGACUACCGCCCGUCAGGACCAACCUGCUCUGCCCGCACUCUCACCUGGAGCAAUGAAGGCACUUCAGCUUCCUGCCAUGGCUCUAUCGAGCCACGGUAGUAAUCACGAGCUUUUGCCACCACUGGAGACUAUCUGGCCGUCUCAAGGUCAAGCACAAAGCCGAUAUUACACACAACGCAAUCUACCUCCUAUCGCACCUCCUGCCUCAGGCGCCACCGACUCACUCCGUCCAACAUUCCCGCCGCCGAUCGGUCAGCCAUAUUCAUCCGUGCAUCACAGCCUCCCACCGCGGCCGGAUUCUCCUUCUCACCACGACCCACAGGUAUCAACUCAGUAUAGCAACUUCGCCCAACCCUAUACUCAAAACAACCACGCCCCAGCUCUACCCACCUCCACCCCGACCCGACCCAACUUCACUCAGACCCAGCCCACCUUCACCCCGACUCCACCAGCUUUCGACCAUCUUCUGGGCCCGAUCCGUCAUCAUCUCGAAGAGCAGCACAAUCAGAUCGUCAGACGUGAAAUGAUGAUCGCUGAGAUGGACCGGGAGAACUUCGACCAGCGACAAGAAAUGAGCACCACCAUCGAUGAAUUGCAGAACAAACUUGCAGCUAAGGACCAAGAGCUUUCAGUCCUUCGGAAACAGCAUCAGAAGGCGGUGAACGAGCUUGAAGUUUUGCAAAGUCAACGUACCGAGACCGCAGGGAAUUAUGGUGGGCAGGGAAAUUGGCUCCAGGAGUUAUGGAAGAAAUUUGACGAGGUGGAAAAGCAAUGUGAGAAGCUUGAGAAGACUUGCGUAGCAUCAAAGGACGCUUGA